UAUGAGUCAUCUCGGACUACGAAGCAAGUUGGAAAGUUAUUUUUACUUGAUGGCAACUUUAUAUGGCCUUUCAGUGGAGAUUGUGUAUUUGUGGGUGUGCACAGGGCAAUCAGCCAAUCAGGACGUAGGCAGCAGCGGUUUGUCAAGUUGCAAAAAUAUCUAACCCUUGAACGUCGGGUGAUGUUAGCAGGUUUGAGGUAAAGUCAGGGGGAGGCAAUAUGUCAGUGGGGGGCCGCCUCAGUGGAUUAUGGGUAAAAAGGAGGUACAGGAGCCAGAAGUCCACUUGGAGCCUCCACAAGAUCGUGGGCAUGCUGAUGGAUCUGGAUGCUAUGAAAAUCCGCUAUGAUAAAUUGGUGUCCGAGCUACUGCGCUGGAUCCAAGUGACUGUACUGCGCCUCAAUGACAGAACUUUUCCCAACUCUGUGAAGGAGCUUCAGAUCCUGAUGGGAGAUUUCAAGACCUACAGGACGGAGGAGAAACCACCCAAAUAUCAGGAACGUGGAGCCAUCGAAGCUCUUUUGUUCAGUCUGAAGACUCAACUGGCUGCUAACAACCAGAGAGCCUAUGCGCCAUCGGAAGGCAAAACCCUCAGAGACAUCGAAAAAGGAUGGCUACUUUUAGAGAAAGCAGAACAUGAGCGCGAAGGAGCCCUACAGGGAGCGCUCCUGCGCUUGGAAAGCCUGGAGCAGCUGGCCCAGAGGUUUGGCAGAAAGGCAACCCUGAGAGAAACCUACUUGGAGGACACCAGGCACCUGAUCCGCCAGCAGAAUUUUGACAGCCUGAGCACCUUGGAGGAGGCGCAGGUGGCUAUCAGGCGUCUGGAGGCGCUUGCCACCGAUGCACAGGCCAGGGAGCCUCGUUUCCACGCCCUGCAAGACAUGGCCGACGCCAUCCAGAGAGGAAACUACCACGGCAAGGAACUUGUCAACAGGAGGGCGGAGAAGAUUAGAAGUGGAUGGAAGGAUAUUCUGAAGCAGCUGCAAGAGCAGAAGGAGAUGCUGGGAAGUGUCGUCUCAACUUUCAGUGUCCUCAGAGAUAUUGACGUCUUCUCCCAGGAACUCAAAGAGCUUCACGUCCAGGCUUCCUCUUCUGAGUUCGGCAAACAAUUGACAGAGACGGAUUCUCUUCUCAAGAAGCACCGCCUCCUGGAAGCACAAAUCUCAACCCACGGCGAGACCAUCAGCACCAUCGGCAGCACGGCCCUCAAAGGAAACUCAAGGGACAUUCACAAAAUCGAAAGCAGAGUGAGAGCUCUGCAUAGCCAGUAUAUGGCUUUAGUGUCACACAGCACCAACAGAACGCGUCGUCUGGAGGCCAUGUUGGCACUCUUUGAGUUCUUCCACAACUGUGAAGAGUUGGAGGUGGGGCUCGAUGAGUGCCGGACACAGCUUCAGGCUGCUUCGCUCGGACGGGACGUUGAUCACGUGAUGCUGACGCUGCACAGACACAAGGCAUUGGAGGUGGAACUUCAUGCUCAGGGGCCCGUGUAUCAUCGCGUCUUGCGUGAAGGGGAGAAUGUCAGCACUGAGCAGAGUGCAGAGGACCAGCGAUACAUUGGCAAACGCAUAAAAUAUUUGGCCAAACUCUGGAUGCAAGUCAAUGCAGAUGCCAGUGCUCAAAGACAGAGACUGGACGCCGCCUUAGCCAUCAAACAGUACUUUGCGGAUGUGGAGGAGGCAAACUCCUGGCUGACCGUCAAAAAAGCGCUGCUGACCAGUGAGGACUACGGGAAGGAUGAAUCCAGCUCAACAGCUUUGCUCCAGCGCCACUUGCACCUUGAAAAACAGAUGAAAGCCUAUGGUGCUGAGAUGAAGAGGCUGGCAGAGCAGGCCAGAAGUGCCGCAGGAUUCACGGCACUCACUGUGGAACCCCAGUCGAGUCAGGUGGUCGAAUCCAGUGACUCUUCAGACGAGGGGGGACCACAGGGGACAUCGUCGCCCCCCAGAGCUACAAGUGGGACUGGUUCUGUACCCCAGGAAGUCAAGGCCAAGGUUCGGUUCAAAUACAUCCGAGGUGACUUUCCAUUGGAUCGGAAUGAGACUGUCACGAUCAUUAGGACUGACACUAAUCAUGACAAAGUUAUGAUCAGAGAUGUCCGAGGAAACCAGCAACUGAUCCCCAACACGUACCUGACAUUUGCGCCAGCUCCGGCUCCUUCCAACUCACCAGCUUCAACCAAUGGUAUAGUAAACAUCCAGGGGAGGAGGUUUAUCCGUCUGAGUCGCCGUCGUUCGACCUAUCACAGCACCAGUGAGAUUCAAACUCCAUGGGCCCCAGACCCUCAGUAUCAGAGAGCCACGGUAGAGAUGACUCAGGCCCAACUGGAUGAGGACUAUAUGUCCAUGUGCAAUCUCUUGGAGUCUAAGGUUAAGAUUCUGGAGGAGAUGGUGCUCCUGCAUCGUUUCUAUGGCCGUUGCCAGGAGUUUGAGUGGUGGAUAGAUGACAAGGAGAGCAACCUGGAUAAUUUCAACACACACCUCAAAGACCUCCAUAUACUCCAAGCCAAAUAUGAGAACUUUGUGACUGAAAUGAUGAGUGGGCAUGGCCAGUUGGAUGACAUUACCAAGACUGCACAGGAGCUGGUGAGGAACAGACAUGGUAAACACAAAGACAUCCAGAGAUGCCUUAGCAGCCUUAACACCAGAUGGGAAAGUCUCCAGCGGCGCAAGGAUGAAAAGGCUCGCGAGGUGCUGAGCAUGGCUGACAUGCGCUUCCUCCUGCAGCAAGUCCAGGAUGUAAGGACACAGUUGGCCCAUCUCGAGCAGCUGGAACCCGUAAACAUGAACAUGGCAGGCAGUGGAGGUAGUUUAUUUGCACUGCGGGCUGGUGAGAAUCAGCAAGCAAGCACCCAGCGAAAUAUCAACACCCUGGAAGGCAGGAUCGCUUACUUGAAGGACCUCGCCAAUGGGAAGCAGGAAUGCAGUCCAGCAGAGAGUGCGGCUAUCAUAGAGGAGGUGCGAGGUCUAGAGAUGCUCCUGAAGCAGGUGAAGGUUCGAGCCAUAGAGUACCAGCGGGACCUAGAGGAGGCCCGACUGCUUCAGCACUUCCAGCAACAGACCAAGGAAAUGCAGCAUUGGUUGGUGGCCUACCAGGAGGCCCUGCUGCGGAAUGGGGCGGUGACCGAUGUGGCCUCAGCUGUAGCCAGGCUGGAGGAGCAUGAAGAGCUUUGGAUAGAAAUUGAGGAGCACAGGAGGAGGUAUGGCAACAAGGACAUGCCUCACACUCGCUUCACACUCCCCAUUUUUGACAACACCUCCUGUUGUAUCAGAAUGAAAGAGACAGAGACGUUGGGCGAGUCUCUUCUUGGUUCCUCUGACAGAAAGCUUGACACAGUCGACAUCCAGUAUAUGCUUGCGGACCUGAGAGCUGAUUGGUCCAAACUGGAGCAUCUGUGGACCAAUAGGAAGAAGCACUUGGAGCAGCAGGUGGCGCUACAGAGACUCAACCAGGAGGGCGACCGCAUUGAGGCUGCAAUGACCGGACACAGGGCGAGGCUUGGGCUAAAAGAUGUCGGGGACUCGUUAGACGCUGUACAAAGUCUGCUGGGUCGUCAUGAGGAUCUGGAAGUUGUGCUGAAGGCUUUGGAGCAACGUGUGGAUCUUUUCACCAAACGCAGCCAACAACUCAUUAGCCAGCAACACUACGCCGCCAUACAUAUCCAGCAGAGGAUAGGAAGCCUACAGAAAGCCAAAAGAAAGUUGAAGGAAAGUAGUGAUGAGAGGCAGAGUCAUCUGCAAGCCUCCAAGAAAUAUCAGGAGUUCCGGCAGGACGCCGAUGAGCUUUUGUUGUGGAUGGACGAGAAGUCUAAGAUGGCAGAGGAUGAGUCGUACCGCGAACCCACCAACAUCCUGUCUAAGCUCAAGAGGCAUGAGGCGGCUGAGAGGGAGAUGCAGGCCCACCAGGCAUGGAUGGAGAGACUGGUUCAGGUGGGGUCUGAUAUGCUGGAGGUGGAGCAUUUAGUUAGCAGCGACAUUACUAGGAUAUCAUCAGAGCUCACCAGCCGGUGGCGCCAUAUUCAGGUCAAAAUGGCUGAACGCGGCGAUAAGCUGAGACAGGCGGGGAAACAGGAACAACUCAUGGAGAUACUCAGGGAUGCCAAAGUCAAGAUGGAAUCCAUUCAGUGGACUCUCAGCAACGCCCCUCUUGGCCACGAUCGGCGGUCCAGCCAGCAGAUGCUCAAGGAACAUCAUGAGCUGGAGAAGGAUGCAAAAGAACUGGCAGAAAAGAUUAGCGCCAUCGUAGGCAGGGCAAAGAAUCUGGCGUCCAAUCACUCUGACUCACAGGGAAUCCUGAAGGAGACCGACACCUACUUAACCUUGUUCAUAUCCCUUCAGAAGCCACUGGAUAUUCGCCGGGAGCAACUCGAGGCAUUGGUGCAGCUCUAUGAGUUUUACUAUGAUGUGGAUCUAGAGCUAAGCUGGAUCUUGGAACACAGGCCUUCAUCGGUAUCAACAGCACAUAACUGGUCAUUGGUGGGAGCCACCAGCCUCAUGCAGAAGCACAAGGAGCUUCAGGCAGAGGUAAAUGCCCAUUCUCAGCACCUCAAAAACAUCCUGAAGAAAGGGCAACACCUGGCCAAGUCCAGCCAAUCAAACGCAGAAGAAGUUCUUCAAAGGUGCAGACAUCUGAGUGAUGAGUGGGGGAAACUUGAUGCAGAGUGCAGCCAGCGAGGAGCUCAUUUGAGCCAGGCCAUCACGAAAGCACAGUUGAUGCUGGACUGUUCCGAGCUGGAGGUCCGGCUAACAGAAACUUUGGACCUUCUUAACGUUGAUGAGCUGGGCAAGGAUUAUAUUGCCACACAGUCUCUACUCAGCAAGCAGCAGGUUCUUCAGGCCCAGCUGGAGGUUCUGCAAGUGGAGGUGGAUCAGAUUGAGGACCAGGUUGAGCAGGCGCUCCUCAACUGGGACCUGCAGGAGCUACACAUACCUGUGGGACAUCUGCAGGGACUGAAGCAUCAGCUGCUUCAAAAAGCGGCUCAUAGGGUUCAAAGAUUAAAGGAAGCUCUAGACCUGCACGAGUUCACACAAGAGGUCAAUGAGAUGGACGAGUGGUUGCAGCAGCAGCAGAAGAUGGCACAGUCCCAGGAUCUUGGUGCAGACUACCAACAUGUUGAGUUGCUCCUCAGGAAGUUUAAUGCAUUCCUGAAGCAACUUGAGUUGGCUGAGGAGCGGCUGGACUCAUGUGGCAAUCUGGGGACCCGACUCAUCGACAGCAAACACCCACAGAACAUCAUCAUUAGGGAAAAGCUACAGAACCUCCGUGAAUGCUGGGAGGACCUUAUAGAUGUGGCCAGGGAGCGUCAGAAGCAGCUGCUCAAGGCGGAGCGAUGUCACCGACUUCAUCUGGACCUGAGUGACGCUCUGACACUCAUUCAGGAGCGUCAGAAGAGUAUCCCGGACAACGUGGCCAAGGACUGGCGAGGAGCGAUGUCACAGCUCAGGAGGCACCAGGCUCUCCUGCAGGAGCUUGCUGCCGCUGAACAGCAGCUUCAAGAGCAGUUGGAUGUGGUGGAUGCGAUCUUGGACCACUGCUCACCUACAUUGAAACGCCGUCUGCAGAAAGUGCAACAAGAAGUGGUGGAGAGGUGGGAGGAGCUCCGGAUCCACGCCGAAGGAAGGGAGCUGGUGCUAACGCUAGCGUGCCAGCAGUAUUUGUUCUUUAACACGGUCCAGGACUAUCUGCUGUGGUGUGGUCAGCUGACAGGUGCCAUGGCAGCCGAGGAGCGCAUCAGCAAUGUAGCAACAGCUGACCUCCAGUUAUCGCUGCACCAGCAGCUAUGGGCUGAGCUGGAGGCCCGUCAGGAAGUGUACCAGCAGGCUGUUGACAUGGGAGAGCAGCUACAACUGCAGGACACCAGGAACCGGAACCAGGUGCUGCAGAAACUGGACAUCCUGCAAGCCGAGCGAGAGAAGGUUCAGGACCAGUGGUGUCGCAAGCAAAGCUGGUUAGAGAAGAUGCGCCUGGAGCAGCUCUUCUACAGAGAUGUCAGCAGCAUGGACAAGACGUGCAGCUCGCAUGAGGUGAUGUUGAAGAACAGCACUCUGGGAGAGACGAUGGACGAGACAGAAGCUCUCAUCAAACAUCACGAAUCCUUUGAGAAACUGAUGUCAUCUCAGGAGGAAAAGGUGUCGUGCCUUAAGGACUUGGCCGCACGCCUCAACAAGACACUCAGCAGAGAGAAGAGUGGGCAGACCCAAAACCGGCUUAAAGUAUUCCUUCAGCGACGUGAAAGAAUCAAAGAGCUGUCCAUCAAGCGGAGGGAGGAGCUACAGUUGUCUUGGCUAAUGUGUGCCUUCAACAGAGAUGUCGCAGAGGCAGAGGAGUGGGUGAGUGAGCGGAUGGUCAAACUUUCUGAGGACGCAAAAGCUGACCUCAGCAACCUGCAGACCAAAAUGAAGCUGCUUCAAAAGCAUCAGGUGUUUGAGGCAGAGAUUCUGGCACAUGACCAGAUUAUCAGCGAUGUGCGUCAGGCGGCCGAGAAACUGGUGGUCCUCCGUCACCCGAGCUCGACCGAAGUGAGAAGGAUUGCCAAGGCACUGGAGCGCCAUUGGGACCAGCUCAAAUUAGCAGUGGCCACGAGAGGGAAUAUUCUGGAGGACAGCAGAGACUUCCUGGAGUUCUUGCAGAAGGUGGAGGAGGUGGAGGCCUGGAUCCGACAGAAGGAAGUCAAGGUCAAUAUGGGAGACAUGGGGAAGGAUUAUGAACACUGUUUGGAGCUUCUAAAGAAACUUGGCGAGUUCCAUGGAAAAGGACGCGUGGGGGUUACUAUUGAUGAUGCUCAUAUCACAGCCAUGGACCGACUGGCAGCUCGGCUGGAAAAGCGGCAGAAUGUAGACGAAAUGCAGACCAUCAGACGGAGGAGACAGCAGCUCAAUGACAGGUGGAGUAAAUUCCAUGUGGACCUGAAUGACUACAAGAAGAAACUGGAGGGGGCCUUGGUGGUCCACGCGCUCAUCAGAGAACUGGAGAAUGUCCGCGACCGAGCCAGUGAGAAGAUGCUGCCUCUGUUAGAUCAUGACUGUGGAGUGGACGUGGAGAGCGUGGAGAACUUGAUCAGACGUCACAAGGAGACUGAGAGAGAGAGUAGGGUGAUCCAGGAGAGGUCCAAGGUUCUGGAGAAUGAUGUUUGCCAGCAGCUAAAGUUACGGUCAGUGAUGAGUGAAAAGCUGCAAGAAAAGCAGAAAGAACUUCAUAAAACCCUGGAGGUGCUAGACAAGGAGAUCAAGCACAGGAAGGAUAAGCUUCAGGAGGCUCAUCAGCUGCAACAAUUUAAAGCAAACCAGCGCCUUUUAAUGGAUUGGAUAGUCAAACAAAGCAAUGGGCUAGCCGAGAAAGAGUUUCCUCGAACUCGAGCUGAAGCCAACCGUCUCCUUGUGGAGCAUCAGGACUGUAAGAAAGAGAUGGAUACCCGGGCUGAGCGCUUCACUUCUGUCCAAGACUAUGGGCUCAGUUUGAUCCGGUCCCACCACAGUUGUCAGGCAGAAAUUCAAAAGGCUCUGGAACAGUUGGACAACGCCAAAGAUGGAAUGGAUCGAGCCUGGCAGAACCACAGUACAAGGCUGGAGCAGGAGUGCACCAAGCUGGUUUUCCUGGCCUACGUGGAGCAGUGUGAUACUUGGAUCAGUAACAAGGAAGCUGUCCUGGUCCAUCAGGAUCUUGGGAACUCAGUGGCCGAGGUGGAGAUCCUGCAGAGGAAGCAGCUCCAGUUUGAAGAAGCUAUAGAUGCUCAGCUAGACCAAGUGGCUCAAGUGGAGCAAUUGGCCCAUGAUAUGAUCCAGGAGAACCACUUUGACUCAGACAACAUUAGAACAAAAAGCAAAGCACUGGUUGCUAGGUGGAAUCAACUCCAGAAGCAGACCAGGUCUCGUCAUGAAGCUCUGGAAAGAUCCUUGCAACUAAAGAAGUUUUUGUCCAAUAGCUACCAGUUGUGCGCAUGGCUGAGUGAACGCAAUGCUUUGGCGUCUGAUGACAUAUGGAGAGAACCAAGCAACCUUCAGGCCAAAGUGUUGAAACAUCAAAGUUUCCAGGCGGAAAUCCUGGCUAACCGUUACCGCAUAGACGCUAUCACAGUGGAAGCAGAAAAACUGCUGCCUGAUAGUGGCACUGUUGAGGCCAAGGUGAGAACUCAACUAAAUGAGGCAACCGAGGCCUGGGCAAAUUUGGUGAGUAACUGUGAGAAGAAGAGGAACCGACUACAGGAGGCCUACCAGGCGCUGCAGCUCCAGCGCUCCCUGGAUGACCUAGAUGAGGUGGUGGACUCAGUGGAGAGGGACGUGUCCAACAAUGUAUGCGGAACUGAUCUGCCAUCAAUCAACAGGCUCCUAAAGACACAGCAGGACCUUGAAGACCACGUGGACAGUAUCUGUCCGAGACUGCAGACUCUGGUGGAGACAAUGGAAAACCUUCAGUUGCAGGGAAACUUUCGGGCUGAAGAGCUUCAGAAACGAGUGGCCAACACAGUCCACAGGUACAACAGCCUGCCAGAACAACUUCAUAGUCGCCGAGAGGGACUGGAGGCUUGGCAGCUCCUGUUCCAUUUCAGCCGGGACCAGGACGAGGAGCUGGACUGGCUCAGGCAGCGAAUGACCACAGUCACCUCUUCCGAAUGUGGAAGCUCGCUACCUGACAGCCAGAAGCUGCUUCACAAGCACCAGGUGCUGCUGCAGGAGAUUUCCAGUCGCGAACCAUUGGUUCAAGCUGUUCUGGAGGCGGGGCAUAGCUUGGUCAGAGGUCGCCACUUUGCAUCACGUGACAUCCUGGAGCGUGUGAACCAGCUCAAGCAUCUCUAUGGGGACGUAAAGAUGGAGGCGGAGACAAAAAGCAAACUCCUUCAGGAGGCGAUCAGAAUCCACAUCUUUCUGGCUGAGGUGCGCGAGCUGCAGCUAUGGCUGGAGGAGCAGCAGGGGGCAUUUGAGAAUAUUGAGAUCAUUUCCAGCGAGGAGGCGACGGAGGCUUUGUUGAGACGUUUGGAUGUCAUGGACCUGAAGAUAAAAAACCGGAAGACCAUUUUGGACCAGCUGUAUGACAGAGGACAAACUCUACAGCGGCUGCAGCAUCCCCACAGCCAAAUGGUCAGCGAGUGUCUUUUGAUCGUGUCGGAUCUCUUUGAGACAAUCAAGCAUCUUAGUGUGUCGCGUCGGUCUGUCCUGGAGGAGAACUUGCAUGUGUUUAUGUUCCAACGUGAAGCCAAAGAACUCCAAACAUGGCUGGAGUCCAGGAAAGCAGCAGUGGACUUGCAGGACUACGGUCAAGACCUGGAAGACAUAGAGGUUCUUCAGAAGAAGUUGGAUGUUGUGCUGUCAGAGGUCUCUGGUGUGGGUGAAAGUCGGCUGGCCUCGAUACGGAAACUCAGUGGAGGCCUGAAGCAGGACAGUCGGACCCACAGAGGGGACCAAGAGCUCAGUCGACUCUGGCACGACUUGGAUGACGCUAUCAGAACCAGACAACAGAACCUGCAGUCAGCCAGGAAGAUUCAUCAGUUCCAUCACGACAUGGAUGAAGUCAAAAGCUUGAUGGCUGAGAAGGAGGCAGCUUUGGACUUGGACGAGCUGAAACAGGACCUCCAUGCCAUCCAGACCCGUCUACAGCAGCACGAGACUCUGGAGCGAGACCUUGUAAUAAUCUCAGCUGAAGUGAGCCGCUUGAAGGAAGCAAGAAGAGUUCUGAAAGGCAGUUUUCCUGGUUCUGGCAUGCCUGUGAUUCGCAGGCUCGAUGAUCUUCACUCUAGCUGGGCAGCCCUCCAAGACAAGGCCAGGCGCCGCCGCGCUCGACUGGAUCAGGCCAAGGAUGCGCACAAAUUCUUGUCCCUCUGUGGCGAGCUAACGACAUGGCUGAAGGAGAUGUUGGUUAUGGUGAGUGGUAAGGGUUUGUUUGGAGAAAGGCCAGGCAGAGAGGGUUGCGAAGCAGACUACAACCUGAGGAGGCACAAAGAGUACCGAGUCCAGAUAGAGAGACACGCCCAGAAGGCUCAGGAUGUCAAGCGUGAUGGCAGGCGCCUCCUGCAGGAUGGAAACUUUAUGGCCAUUGAAGUGGAGGAGCGUGUACAUGAGCUGGAGGACCUUGAACGUUUGGUGUUUAAGACCUGGGAUGAGACGCACCAUGUGUACGAGAAGGACCUGGAGCUAAAGCUUCUCCAGAAGGAGCUAGACCAGGCUGAACGCUGGCUCAGCUCCUAUGAGGACUGCCUGACCAGCGCUCAUUAUGGCGAUUCUGUGUCAGACGUGGUUGACCUCCUGAAGCAACAGGAGGAUCUGGAAGCUAUGUUCACACUGCAGAGUGAACUCUUUGACGCCCUCCAAAACAAGACCACUCAGAGAGAAAGGAAGCUCCGUCUGCGUGGGAAUGAGGAUAAGGAGCUUGAAGAGAGAAGGCCACUGGCCAAAGUUUUAUCUCAAAGGAAGGUGCCUGAUCUAAAAAACCCAGAGAUCUACUCCUCUUCCCCAGUCAGCGAGAACAGCACCUAUUGUAGCACCUUCUCCAAUCUGACUUUUAGAUUAGACGAGGAAGAAUUAUCAGAUAUAAGACCUCUUACCCUAAUUUCAUCCAUCCGAAAGACUGAUCCCAAAUCUUCAUCGAUCUCAUCCUCCUCUCAAGUCAGUGAGUCUCAGAGAUCUGACCAGGAGGAGAACCUUAAGAAAAGCCCAUCCACCAGAUUUUUAUCCCUUAGGAGGGCAACUGUUUUAAUACCUUCAGAUAUCUCAUCCUCCUCUCAAAUCAUUAAGACCAGCACUUACUUCAGUUCUUCUUGCACAUCUGAUCAGAAGGAGGUGGUCGAGGAAUACUCGAGAUCACCAUGUGGAUUGAACCAAGAGGAGCUUCUUGAGAGAGACCCUUCUUUUUCAUCUCUCCAUAAGGUGACUGAUAUAGAUACUUCAGGAGUUUCAUCCUUGUCCCAGGUCAGUGAGACAAGCUCCUUACCCAAAAAUUCCUCCAGUGUGUCAGACAGUUCUGACCAGGAGGAGGAGAUGGAUGAGGAUACAAGCACUUCUGUAUCCCCUUGCAGAGCUUACCAUAAGAAGCUCCUUGAAAUAAGUGCACCUGUUAGAGUUUUGUCAUUCCAGAAGGCCUCUGAAGAAGAAAAGCUGAGAAUCCCCAAGUCUUUUCGAGUCACUGAGACCAGCACCUCCUCCAAAACUACUUCUGAUGAGUUUGGAGCUUCUGACCAGGAAGUGUUUGAGAAGGGCACCAGAACCUCAAGUUCGCCUCUUACAUCUGACCACAAAGACCUCCCGCACGAAAGAACUCUUACCCAAAUAUCAUCCUUCCAGAAUGUUUCUGAUCCCAAAAGUGCCGGAGUCUCCUCACAUGAAGUCAGUGAGACCAGCUUCUCCUUGAUUCAAACACUGAGAUCUGACAAGGAGGAGCCAUCAGACGCAACAAAGCCUACCACAGUUUUAUCUAGCCAGAAGACUUGUGAAGCAAAAGCUCCAUGGAUCUCUUCCUCCUCAAAAGUCAGUAAAAAUGGCGCAGUGUCCAAAACAUCCUCCAAUCCACUUUACAGAUCUGACCAAGACGAGCUACUUGAGGGGGACAGCAAAACUCAGGUUUCAGCUGGCCUGUCAGAUCCUAAACGCUCCUCCUCUCUUCGUCCCUCAGUUAAGCCUCCUUUGCCUCCCAAGCCAAGGUUGUCUCCUUUAUCCCUUCUACCUGAUUCCCACCUUCAGGAACUAGAAGCAACCGGUCGACAGCUUCCUGAUCUGGUGGAUUCUGCUAAAAUGUUUCCAGAAACAAAAGGUGAUGACAAAGACGAAGAUAUAAAAGAAGCAGAAAAUGAAAAUGAAGAGGCUAAGGCAGCAAGCAGGAUACUGGAGGGAACGCUGGAGAUCAAAGUGAAAUGUAGUGGUAGCGAAGGAGUCGGAGCCAAGGGGCGUGACCAUUGGGAGGAGGUGUUUGCAACGCUUAAUGGAGACAAACUCUGUUUGUACGUGGACCAAGAUGCUGCCAAGCAGGGCACCACCAGGUGGCCUCCUGUCAUCUUGAAGGGAGUAAUCUGCAAGGAAAACUCUGUUGCUGCUCAACACAGGGGCAAAGAACACUCAUUCACUGUCAUGCUAGCCGACGAAUCUCAGUUUGUGUUUGCGGCUUCCACUCGGGACCUCCAGCAACUUUGGUUGAGGUCACUUCAGAGUCAAAGCCCACACGGCACAGCUGACUCGGAAUCCUCAGAUGGCUCACACUCUUCGGACCACUCACACAGCCGUGAUAACCUGCAGAGACAAACAUCUUCAGAGAUUCGGGGCCCCCCUAAACCCCCCCACACUUACUACCGUACGCACCGCUACCUGCUGGGCGGCGAGGCGCUCGGCGAAGACGCUGCAGCAGACAGCCAUAUCCAGCCUCCUACGAUGGCCCCUCCCUCACCACCGCCUGCCUUUGCCAAUGGCAACACCAGCAAAACCAAGAUGGCAGCCUUCCGGAAGUUCUUCACCAAAAAGUAGAACGCGCUCAUGCUAACUUGAGCCACAUUUUCAUUAAUUGCCUUCGUCUUGCAUCAUAAAUAGAAAUCCUCAUAUCUAAAUGAAAGUUUUUCAGUGAAUAAUGGAGAAUGUCUAAGAAACAAAUCAAUAAAAUUCAUUUAUAGGCCAAUUUUUGGAUGCCGAAUUACAAAUAGAAUUUAAUGAAUUAAGAAUAACGAAUCAUGAAUCUUAUUAAAAUGUCUUCAAAUAUUUUAAACGAUUAUAUUUAGGGGGGGAACAUACUUUUUUGUCGUACUAGAAGAAAGUGUAAUUGCACAUCCACUCAGUGGGUGGCAGUGCCGCUCUCAUUAUCAGCGUGUGCGAAGUACGUUUGAACCAAACGAGCACACAGAAAAGAGCCUGAAGAUAUGAAAAGCUAAGACAAGGCUUUGUCUUUUAGUACAGUACAGAGGAAACACCAGACCGUCUACUUUGUCUAAAAAGGUUCCCAGCGGACAGCAGGAAUUAUUUUUUUUCAGCGAGUGCCAAAUAUUGCCAGCAAUCCUCCCGCUUUGUCAGUGUUACAUCAGUAAACCAGUGAGCACGGUUAGCAUCAUAUAAGUUGGCAUACCAAGUUGCUCAAUGCAAAAUAACCCCACACCAUAGCAAAGGAGCUGAUACUGCCUGCAGCAAAAAUAAAAACUGUCCCACUUCCCACUUUUUGUUCUAUUAAUUUUUGUUUUUUUGGUCUAAUUGUUUGACAUAUUGUCUUCAUGCUUGAUGUUGCUAAUCAAUUUGAAUUUAUUAUUAUUUAUUGAUUUCAUUAAACGGUC